UGCUGGGCUGGUGUCGCUCGCAAAGCUCCUCCCUUCACAUCACGAUUCACACCCCUCACAGCAGACGAAGGUUUCAGUUCAGCUCCUCCCUUCUCCUCUUUCACAGCUUGGCCUUCCAGAGGUUAUUUGGGGCCGUCCGUUACACCGCGGGGAAACACAAACUCCGUGCUGCCCAGUUGGGAUCGGCAUUGCCACCCAAAUCUGGGUAUCGUACUGUAAAUCGUACACGUGUGCAACGGACAGCUGGAUCUACAGAAGUUACUGUCGGCAUUUCUAUCGAAUCUUCUCGCCCCCAAGCCCGCACCCUUGCGACUGCGUGGUGGGUGGGUGGGUGACUCGGAGGGAGAUUAAGGCGCAUUUCUGGCCGCUAGUCAGUCCUCUAGUCUAGUCAAGUGGGCAACUUCCAGAGCAGUUCAGAACUCUGCGCGCGCCCGACUAGAGCGGUUUAGAGCACUGAGUGCCCCACUUGACUAGACUAGAUCCUUGACUAGCGGCCAGAAACGCGCCCUUCUAAGGCAGAGAGAAAUUAUAAGGGAGAUCAGCACAGAUGAUACACCACCUGGGAAGUUGUGCUGGUAUGGGGAGCCUGACUUACGGGACUUUCGGAGGAGGCGGGGGAGCCACAGUACAGUAUCGUCGCGUGUGUCAAGGAACCGCCACAAGGCACCGCCUUUGGUAACAAGUAAAAAUAAUUUUCCCGAGAGGUCCCUUGGGUGAGUCAUAGUACUGUAGCUCCCCCUGAGCUAUCGGGCAUACAGCUGGACCCUACGCGAAAUGCGCGUUAGAUAUCUCCAGCUUGGAAUGCGCAUCAAUUGGCAGAUUAUUUUUUUCCCCAAGCUUGCUCCAGUGGCGAUACGCUUGCAUGUUUUGUACUGUACCGCAGCUGCCAGCUGCUGCGGUAUCCCUGAUGCAGUGCUUUCGCCUGAUGCGCGGGAAGUUCCCAACCAACACAGCUAGCCUGGCGAAAGCUUUGGAAUCUUUUUUUGAGUUACAGCCGGACAGUCUUCCUUCCUCUUCACUCGUUGAACUAGUACCAGAACUACCUGCGGGUUCUACACUACGGAUUCUUCCUCCUCUUCGUCUUCACUCCUAAUCUGUGCUCCGUCACGGUGAUUCGACUCUCACACUCUCGAAAUCGUAGCCAGCCGCCGCCGCGGAAGUAUUUUCUAGCGCUUUGGGGUGUCUACUAGCAUGCAAACCGGAGUUAUGGAUUCCGGAGCAGUGAAGGCUUCUGAGAAAUCCCGGUUUUUCAACGUGAAUCGGCGGCUUGAGGCAUGGAACCGUGCGACGGGCUCACUCAAACCCGCCGCCCCUCAGCUAUCACCUCAAGCUGUAACGCCGCGGCUUGUACAGAGGAUGCGCAGCUACGAAGUUCUACCCAAUAUCAAGGAACAGCCAAGAGAUCUGGAAAAACCAGGCCAAGAUUCCAGCUUGAGGAGGGACAGCGUCAACAAUCCGCCUCACUACUUCCCCCGCAGAAAGUCACUUCCGGACUUCGCAGCUGCUGGUAGGGAUCCCUGGUCUCCCUGCUCCCCUCUGGACCGAUGUGCUACACCCAACCCCUCUUCAGAAUGCUCUCCGGUCAUUGCUCCUCUUCCCAAAAUGGAUGUUGCUGCAGCAGAGCCGCAGUGUAACAGAGAGCCGACGGCUGUGCAGGCUCAGACGAGUGGUUUGGCGACGGGACAUGCCGACCCUGUCUGUCAGGGUGUCAUCCAGGACACUACAAAGGAGGGUGAAGCAGAAGAAGGUGGCGUAAGGUGUCCCGAGGCGGUCGCGAGAUUUUCGCUACGCAGACUCAAUGGAGAUGUAGGGGGGGCGGUGGGAAUCAAGCAGAACCAGAUGCUGCAGAAGCAGGGGAGCAUUGCUCACCGUCGCGGGUUUUCUGUUACGCGUCUGGAGAACUCUGCAGAAACAAGAGGAGCGGGCAAGGGGGCCAGGAGAGGAGGCAGUGGUGGUGACAUUGACAGUAUGAUGAGAGGAGAGGGUAGCUAUUUUUCCAGCGAGCGUGGUUGUUUGGUAAGUGGGAGUGGUGGAAGGAGAUGUGUCAGGUCUCCAUUGUGUGAAAUAAUGGCAACAGCUCCUCCUGUGUUUGUAUGGGCUGCCAAAAGGCGGAUGGAGCAAAGGGCUUCACAAAGUGAUCCCUUACUUGCAUGCGCAACGUCUGUGUGAUAUAGCGUGAUGUUUACAUCGUCGUGAAGUUUAAUAAGAUGCGCAAAUACUG